UUUAGGGAACUUUGUAGGAGCUUUCCAAUUGUAGGUCGCGUAAGGAGAUCAGGCUUGAAAAGAACAUAUAGUUUUAAUUAUGCAGCAAGCACUUAAAGCUCACGCGUCAAACUGGCAGGCAGGCCUGCGGCGUGCAAGCAGCAAGCGACCGACCCGGCUUUAUUGCCGAGCGGCUUCCGCGGUUCUCAGCAGCAUCCCAGCAGAUGCGGCUGUAUCAUGGGCAACUAGCAAGGGCGCCAAAUUAGAGCGCGCUUCCCUAUCGAACGACUUGCAAACCGACCGCCCCGUGCUCAUCGCAUCGACAGACGCGCAGCAGGGCGACGUGCUGUUCUCCGUUCCCGACAGCGCAUGGCUAUCCGCGGAGUCAGUCAAAAAAGCCGCGGUGGGCAAGCUCGCUGCUGCUGCUGGGCUGGAGCCUUGGCUUCAAAUCGCAUUACAGCUGGUAGCAGACCGCUUUGGCAGCACCAAGUCGGAGUUGUCAGCUUACGCAGCCAGCAUCCCUGAGGAUCUGGACACUCCGCUUCUGUGGAGCGAGGACGAGCUGCAGGAGCUGCAGGGCACGCAGGUCCUGCAAACGCUCGGGGGCUACCUGACUUUCUUCCGUUCCACUUUUCAGCAGCUUCAGUCCGGCCUCUUCACCUCCAACCCCGCGGCCUUCCCGCCCUCCAUCUUCACUCUGCCUCGCUUCCUGUGGGCAGUGGCGGCGGUGCGCAGUCGCAGCCACCCGCCCCUGGAUGGACCCAAGAUUGCCCUGGCGCCGCUGACAGAGCUGGUGUCUCAUCGCCGUGCCGCCAACUCCAAGCUGUCGGUCCGGUCCGCGGGGCUGUUCGGGCGCGGCCAGGUGCUGGUGCUGGAGGCGACCAGAGCCAUCCGCAAGGGAGAGCCCCUGUCUAUGGAUUACGGCCCGGGGAAGUUGGACGGGCCGGUACUGGUGGACUAUGGAGUGAUGGACGUCACGUCACCCAAGCCUGGAUAUAGCUUAACGUUGAAGAUGCCGGACAGUGACCGCUUUAUUGACGACAAGCUCGAUAUCCUGGAGAGCAACGACCUACCGCAAUCGGUGGUGUACAACCUGACGCCGGACGAGCAGCCCACCAUAGAGAUGCUCGCCUUCCUGCGGCUCAUGCAGCUGAAAGGCAGCGACGCCUUCCUGCUGGAGUCCAUUUUCCGGAACGACGUGUGGGGCUUCAUGCAGGAACCGGUGAGCGAGGGCAACGAGGAGGCGGUGUGCAACACUCUGUCGGAGGGAGCCCGGGCUGCACUGGGGGGUUACGGCACCACCAUCGACCAGGAUCUGGCAGAGCUGCGGGCCCAGGGGAGCAGGGCCAAGGGCAGCCGGAGGGAGGCGGCGCUGCUGAUUCGGCUAGGUGAGAAAGAGGCCCUGGACGCGGUGGCGAGAUUCUUUGAGGACCGCCGAGCCACUCAGCUUAAGCGACUGGUGUAUUACCAGGAGCGGCGACUGCGGCGGCUUGGGCUGGUGGACGAUGAGGGCCGCACAACGUACGACAGCUUCUUCAAGGACGGCAUCGCCUAAAAGCCUAGAUUCCAGAUGUCGUUGCCCGGGUGGCCGGGGUUGUGCGACUUUGGCAGCAGCAGGGUUGUGGAGGUCAGGUGGGGACAGGCAGCGUGGCUGAUAGGUGCUUGGUCAGGUGGGGACGUCUGACCACUCAUGGCUCGGCAAAUGUCGGUGAUAUCGGGAACUUCUAUUUUUAUAAAUCCGGGGGCACAAGGCGGUGAGCGUCUGCGAAUUUACACGUAAUGCCUGUAAGAGAGGGAUGGGUGGAAAACAAGCAAGGUGUCUGAAGAGCUGGAGCAGGUUCGGGGAACACGUUGGAGUCCCGGGCGGGGUUGGGAGCAGUACCACUCAUGUUUCGCUAUAAACGCAGCCGUUGCCGUAGCAACUGUAAGGAACCGCAAAGUGUG